CCUCAUAUCAAGAAGCCACAGGUUCUGUUCUCCAGAUGCGCUAAUGCCAGCAAACCCAACCUUCCCUGUACUUCCACACCCACGAUACGCCCGACACAUACUUGCGUUUCUCAGGCUCUAGCACAGCCAGCCGGGGUCUAUCUAUCUCUCAGCGUUCCAGCUACUACCCACGAGGUCUCACCAGCGAUAAAUUCUUUUCGGGUACUUUGGGGUUCUCGACUCUUGACACGCUUGACAGACCUUUGCUCCACCCACCAUGGGACAUUUCUGCACCAGUCCCUGAAGCCACGAUUUCGGAGGCUCUAUAGCCCGUUCCCAAUGUAUACCUCCCAUGCGCAUGACUUUCAUUCUGUACGCUCCCGCAUCACGGAGGUUUAAGGCCUAUCUCGGGCCUCAGCAGGUGUUCUCACUCUUCCCUCCUGAUACGAGAGCCUAUGGAGAGAAACAAGGUCCAGUGAACUCUACCUGCAAUCUUCAGGCGUGAUGUGCCUGCACAUUCACUUUGGUCACCUGCCUUGGCCUCCGAGACGCACGUGAGCUUGUUCGGGUCCUUGAUUGGCGUGUUUUACCUUGCGAGUGCAUGUCUGCUUGUAGAGAUCGUCACCUUUAUCGAGGCCUCAUUCUCCAACACUUCUGAUGUACCUAGCCGAACGCUGGAACUCUUCACAGUGAACUGUCGUUCGCCUCGUUGCGAUAGAGACUCAUCGAGCUUAAAUACACUCUGUGACAGUCCGGCUGACUCACUUCCCAGGGCGAGUCAUGACCCCGCACUUUACACAGUCACGCCUUAUUCGCACCCCGAAGGAUCACAGGACGUCACGCGUAGACGCCUUCAAGAGGUGGGUCAACACGAAGCAUGGGUUAAGCCUCAAAAACUACCAUGAUUUGCACCAUUACUCGGUCUCCGACUAUACUUUCUGGCAGGACCUCUGGCAGUACUUCAACAUCGUAUAUUCCGUACCUCCCGAAACAAUCGUAACCGAAGGACGGCUUCCCGAGCUCCGAACAUGGUUCCCCGGCGCGCGCCUGAACUACGCCGAGAACGUGCUGCGCUUCAACGGCGACGCCAUCGCGGUCACCGCCGCGCGGGAGACGGGCCAGGUCGCGCACUACAGCUUCCGGGAGCUGCGGCGCAUGGUGGGCGGGCUCGCCGCGGCGAUGCGCGCCAGCGGCCUGCAGGUCGGCGACCGCGUCGCCGCCGUCGUCACGAACUCGGUCGACGCGCUCGCGAUCGCGCUCGCCGCGAUCAGCCUCGGCGCCGUGUUCUCGAGUAUGGCGCCCGACAUGGGCCCGCAGGGUGUCUUGGGCAGGUACAGACAGACCGGGCCCAGGCUCGUCUUUUUCGACACCGAGGUCGUGUAUGCCGGGAAGACGACGGACCUGACAGCCAACAUACGCGAGGUCGUGGAGGGGCUCGUGCCCCACGGCCUGCGGCGCGCGGUGCUGCUCCCCAGCACGAAGACUGGGAAGCCUGUGGGCUUUCCGGGUGCCCCUCCAGUGUGCCAAACAUUGAAAGAUUUUGUGGCCAGCGGAGAUGGCCGUCCGCUAGAGUUCGAGCAGCUGCCGUUCGAGCACCCCGUGUUCAUUGUUUAUUCAUCCGGCACAACUGGACCGCCGAAGUGCAUCGUCCAUUGCGCAGGGGGUCUACUGCUCAAUGGAAUAAAAGAUGGCGCAUUCGGGAGCAAUCUCUGCCCAGAUCAGUGCUACUACCAGUACACUACGGCUGGAUGGGCGGUCUGGAACACUAUGAUACCUGCUCUUGCUUGUGGCGCCCGGAUCAUACUCUACGACGGCUCUCCUUUUUUCCCUAGCAUCAAGUCAACAUUGAAGAUUAUUAAUGACCAGGGGGCGACCGUCUGGGGCACUUCCCCCCGAUUCUUCGUAGAGCUUCGCUCCCAAGGCAUCACAUCAUCACACGAAAACACAGCGGAGCUCCCGGCCUUCGAAUCGCUUCAGACCAUCGCAUGCUCCGGCUCGCCUCUGACCGCGCCCAUGUUCGAGUGGAUACAGGGGACGUUUCGGGACGUGUACGUGUACUCUAUAUACGGCGGCACGGACACCUGUGCUGCCUUCCUGACGGGCGUUCCCAGCCAGCCCACGUACGCCGGAGAACUGCAAGGCAAGGCGCUCGGCAUGGCCGUCGAGCUCUUUGACGACGCGGGCCGCAACGCCGAGGACGCAGGCGUGCCGGGCGAGCUCGUGUGCACACGGCCGCACCCCGUCAUGCCCGUCGCCCUGUGGGGGGACGACGCGGACGACAGCACGCUGCGGAGGACGUACUUCGGCAGGUUCCCCGGCGUGUGGCACCAGGGCGACUUUGCCGUGAAGAACCCGCGGACGGGCGGGCUCGUUGUGCUGGGCCGCAGCGACGGCGUGCUGAACCCGAGCGGCGUGCGCUUCGGGUCUGCGGAGGUGUACGGCGUGCUCGAGCAGUUCCACGGGACCGUCGCCGACACGCUGUGCGUCGGCCAGCGGCGCGCGCAGGACGCCGUCGAGCGCGCGCUGCUCUUCGUGAAGAUGCCGCCCGGGCGGCGCCUCGACGACGGCCUCAAGGCGCGCAUCCGCCACGCCAUCCGGACGCAGCUGAGCCCGCGCUACCUGCCGGCGCACAUCUUCCAGGUGGACGACAUCCCGUAUUCUGCGAACGGAAAGAAGAUCGAGAUGGCGGUGAAGAAGAUCAUAUCUGGACUGGACUUCCUGGCUGCCGGGAUGGCUCUGGCCAACCCGGAUAGCUUGAAGGAGUACUACAAGUACAGGGACUACGAAGGCGCUGUCGCGAGAGAAAAGGCAGAGGAGUCGGCACGACUUUGAUAUGAUUGUAUUUGUGGAACUUGCACGAUAUGGAUAGUAGUACGAACACAUAUGACGCGCCGCGAGUGGAUGGAUAUCGCUCGUGAGCGAACCGUUUUGUCGGAGCGAGGCGCGGAAGAUUAUUGUGUCUAGCGAGGUGGUAAUGGAGACUGCUAGCUCAACGUCGUAUAGAAGUGGAAGUUGAUGAAGCAGUAAGCACAGUUCGCUAUGAACGUUCAAGUCG